GACUGAAAUUUAUCGUCGUAAAGAAGCGCAUCACGCGAGGGCAGAGGGGGGCCACGGGGAUGGAGGCGGGGGGUCAGCAGCGGGAGUAUAUAAAACGGAGGUCACCGCGCAUUCCCGAUCCCACGGUCUUGCUCCCGGUACGUUCCCCCGGCCCCGCCCCUCCUCGCCCUGUCGCCCGGACUGCAGCCAUGGCGUUCGACGGAACUUGGAAGGUGGAACGCAGCGAGAACUACGAUCAUUUCAUGGAACAAAUGGGCAUCAACGUCAUGAAGCGCAAACUAGCGGAGCACGACAACCUCAAGAUCAGCAUCCAGCAGAGCGGCGACGACUUCCAGAUCAAAGAGUCGAGCACGUUCCGCACCAAAGACGUCCACUUCACGCUCGGGACUCCCUUUGACUACAGCCUGGCCGACGGGACCGAGGUCUCGGGAACGUGGGAGAUGGAGGGCGACGCGCUGAAAGGAAAAUUCACCCGCAAGGACAACAACAAGGUGCUGACCACCACCAGGAUCCUGCUGGGAGACGAACUGGUGCAGAGUUACAGCUACGAGGGUGUCGACGCCAAGAGAAUCUUCAAGAAGCAGUAACUCUUUUUGUUUCUUUUAACAAAGUUUCCUUUUCCAUCUUAUCUUGAGUGCACAAAGAAAGCAUAUAGUUUCCAUUACAGUUGGACAAAAUGGCAGUAUUAACAGUUUUUGAAGUUGUGCAAAAAAAAAAAAAAAAAGUGAAUAAAUGAUAUAAAUAUA